AUGAAUACAUCGCCAGAACAGGCCUUGAGGGAUUCGCUGAAGAGCCUUCGCAUCAGUGGAGACUAUUCCGAUAUGAUUGUUGUCUGCGGCCACAAUACCUAUCAUGUCCACAAAGCGAUUAUGUGUCCGCGCUCGAAAUACUUCGAGACCACUUUCAAAGCAGAUAUGCAGGAGAACCGCACAUCCUGCGUAGACCUGUCAAACCAUAACUCAGAUGCGGUCAAGCUUGUGAUCGACUUCUUCUAUCUCACGGAUUAUGAGCCUUUGCACAAAGUCCCAGCCUGGGGAUUCGAGAUCAAGAAAGAACCUACGAAUUUCGAGUUUCCUGCCGCUGCAGUUGCCGAGGCUGACGAUAUUACAGCCGAACGCGGGGAUCCUCCAGCAGAGCCCGAGGUUCAUGAUCCCUUGGAAGAGCGUCUCGUGCCCAGAAAGGACAAAAAGAAAAAGAAAAAGGGCAAGUCAAUCGCCAUGGACGAGCCAGCGGGCCCAUCAACCGAAGACCCUGACUCGGAGCCCAUCAGCCUUGCCGAAUCGCUGCUUGACAAAACCUUCCUCCUCACGCACUGCCACGUCUACGCCUUGGCCGAGUACUUGCAAGUCGGCGACCUCAAGGUUCUAGCGGCGGGCAAGUUUCGCGCCGAGGCCGAGAAGCAAUGGAAUCACCCAGACUUCUUCGAGGCGGUGCAGGAGGUCUACCGAACCUCGGUCCGCAGUGAUAGGCUCCUGCGCGACAUCGUGGUUGAUGUUGUGAAGAAACGCAAGGAGCUGUUGGAUCGGUUCGAGUACCAGGAUGUUGUCAGCCAGCUUGAUUUGGCUUUUGAGCUGCUCAUGGCGGUCAAGACUAGUGGGUGGGGUUGA